CGGCUCAGGUUGGUGAAUCAGUCGCACACGUCGAUUCGCUCCUUGCAGACAUACUUCAAAGCCGCUGGAAAAGCGCGAACAACGGACCCCGCGUAUUAUGCGCCCGUGGAUAGACUAUCAAAAUACAAUAAAAGUGUAGUCUAGAGUGUACCCGUGUGUGCCCCGCGAGUGAAACCAGUUCUUCUUUGAUGAAAUAAUAAUAACAGUCGUUAUUUACAUAAUGUUGCCUUACCAUCGGAAAACAGCAAUAGCGCUUGUUUUUGUGUUACAAAGUGCACUCUUAUGGCGGUCAAAUGCAACGUUAGAAUUGGCGCAAUCGAAUCAAAAGGAACAUGCCGCCAACAAACGAUCAUCAGUGUUCCACGACAAUCUGUUUCCAUCAAAUGCCAAGCCAUCCUUAGGGUUUUCCGUGCUCGGCGAAGAUAAACUGUUGGAUACCAGUGAUUUGCUAAAUACACAAUAUUACACCGAUAUUCAAAAUACUGAUAGCAAGUGCAGCGUUGAUAAGUUCGCAUUUAACCAUGAGGGCACGGUAACCUAUGAACACGAUUUGCCGGCAUUGCAGCAGUUCACCCUAUGCGCAUGGAUGCGUUUUACAAAUCACACCGGCGACCAUACCAUCAUUACCUAUGCAGUUCCCGAGGAGUCCAGAGAAAUUCAGUUGUGGAUAGCCAAUGCUCGUGGUAUGAGUUUCAUUAGUUUAGCUGUGCAUGGUCAAUCCCUUUUCAGAUUAAACUAUCCAUUCCGAAUGAGACAGUGGCAUCACGCGUGCGCUUCAUGGAAUGGAAAAACAGGUGAAUGGCAACUAUGGGUUAAAUCGGAAAGAGUUGGACGAGGAUUCCACAAUAGACUAGUGGACUAUGAAAUUAAACCCCAUGGUAAACUAUACUCUGGAGGCCAAUCAAUAACUGGUCUAACAGAUACUGACCUGCACUUCGAGUUAACUAUGGUCCAACUGUACAAGGUCGCACUGAGCGCCGGAAAAGCACAUCGCGAUCACAAACAUCACCAUGUUCACCAUUUCGAUCACCACGGAGGAGAGGUAACACCGGCACCACCAGUGCCGGCUCAACCGACCGUCAGUCCACCUACGAACCCACUUUUAGCCAACGGUCAAAUUCCGACAAACGUAAAGAUUAACUUAGCUAACGCACAAAACCAACAAAAUCCUGGAAAUUUAGGUAUCCCGGUGAAAGGUUUACCUUCUCAGCUAAUUGGUGGGUUCGUUCCAUCUGAUACUGCCACAAUCAAUACACAAUUCAAGAGUGGUCAAUUCCACAUUGGUGGUCGAAAUUUACAACAGCAAUUGGCCAUUGGAAACAUUCUAGGCCAAUUGAAAACUAAUAUUGCCAGUACAAAACCAAUCCAGAGCGAAGUAGUAUUUCCAGAUGCGUUAUCAAAGCGAACGUCUACAUCUUAUAUUGAUCUAAACAACCCAGCGAAUGUACAAAUUAUUGACGAUUCUCGUACGAAGAACAUUUUCAAACGUGAAACCAGCGAUUCAGACGACAAAAAACUGCAAAAACGUGGUUUAGUUCUGUUGAAGGACGGUACCAUAGUGGACGAUGGAGGAAAAGGCAGUGAAUACAUUUUCGAUGGACUAGCGGAGUUCGGUUUGCCCGAUUUCAAGAAUAAGCUUGGCAAGGAAACUGAUAUCGAAAGCGAAAUUCGGGAACAUGACCGCGAACCAGCCGAAGGAGAGGUUAAAGCCGUGAUGAACCUGUGUUCAAAAUGCGACGACGAACCAUUCGCCGGAGCCAUUGUAUUUGCAUGGAAGAAUCUACGACCAAACUUGGAUCACGCGUUACGAGCGAAGGCUUCCCUGGUUUGUGGACAAUUUUAACGAAGUGUACAAAUGAGUCAAAACGAAUAAGAAUACUCACUAAACAAUAUGUUCUAAUAAUGCAUUUUUUAUGUAUAACAUACCGAUCGGGAAACACGAUUCUCAAUCAUAAGCGAUCCUCGAUGUUGUGCAUUACGGAAUGCAAGCUUUAAUUGUAUAUAUCGGAUCUGUUAUUCAAUAAACAACGACAAAGAUAA